AUGGAGACUGUGGAUCCAAAUGAGACUCUCUACAUCCAAAAUCUCAAUGAAAAAAUCAAAUCAGAUGGUAAAUUUCAUAUAGAAAUGAGGGUCUUGCUAUAUCAACUAUUCGCACAAUACGGUACAGUCUUAGAAGUCCAAACCCAAAAACAAUAUCGUAUGAGAGGGCAAGCAUUUGUAGUUUAUGACUCUAAAGAGGAUGCCACAAAUGCUAUGAGACUAUUGCAAGGCUACAGUUUUCAUGGAAAAACAUUGGUAAAUUUCACCUAGAGAAUUUCUUACUCAAAGGUAAAAUCUGACAUAAUCACAAAACGUGAAGGAACUUAUAUACCCUAAAUAUAAGUAGAUAUAGGAAAAAAUGCCCUCUAGGGAAAGAAUUUAUAUAAUAAUUUGCAAAGGAAAAUUGGAUAUAGGAAAGAUUUUAGGAAUUUUCACAGGGCGAAACUUUAUAUACCCCGCGAUCAUACAGAAUCAUCCUUCAAACGCCAGCACUUUUUCAGAAAACUUGAAGAAAAACAAGCCAAAAGACGUGGAAUGCAGAUAGAAAUGCCUAGCAAUGGCCACGCAGGGGCAAAUCAUAUUUUAUUUAUUGAAAGAAUUGAUUCCAGCAUCCCUGAGAACGUGAUUGCUUCUCUAUUUUCUCUAUAUAAAGGAUAUAAAGAAGUAAGAAUGAUCCCUGAAAAAAGAGUAGCCUUUAUAGAGUUUGACGAAGAUUUCCAAGCUGCAAAAGCUUUAGAAGGCUUAAACGGGUACAAAAUCACAGAAAACUGUCAGCUUAUCAUUUCUUACGCUAAAAGAUAG